UAUGGUCCCAAGGCCCCGAGGCUGUGGGCCUCCACUUGGGGGCUUCAAAACUCUUCGCUCUUCAUGGGACCCCAGCUGGUGAAACAAACCCCAUUUACUCUCCUGCGCUGCCUCGGCCGCCAUUAUGGACCUUGGCGGAGACUCAGCCCCUCUCUGCCAUAAUUAACAGCACCGAUGCCACAACAAUUAUUGCCCCGCGCCGCACAUACGCCAUGAAUGAGAUGAGCUAAUGGGAGCGAAAGAACAGAUGUUUCCAAGUCCAGACUUCCCGGGCCCGGGCCACCUCUUCCAGUUCCACCGAAAGGACCCCAAGGCGAUCCCAGGCCAGCUGUGAGACAUAAUCCCAGUUGUAAUUGCUUGAGCCGAACAAAAUUGUUCUGCACAAUAGAAACCUACAAAGGCUGACUGAGGAGAAAUCUCUGGUGCCACGUGUGCCGUGCAGCAGAGCAACCUGUUGCAUUGUGUCCAUCUACCGCUGGGCCACACCGAGCCAAAAGCACCAAGAAUGUAGUCUGGGUUUGUGCCUGAGCCACAAUCCUCAACUGAAUCAAGAAAUCAUCGCUACACAGACAUUACCAGAGGCGAGAAAGAGGGAUGAAACAGUAGUGUGGUACCCAUGGACCAUCAACAACAAGUAUUACACAGCAGAUGUCAGCCUGUGUGUUGUACCAAGCACUUUCCAAAUGUCUUCAGAGAUUGCACAAACCAUGCAGGCUUUCAUAGCCUAUGUUAAUAGCACAAAGAAAGAUGGUCUGGAGAAGCUCCGUCCAUGGAUAGCAGUAGUGGAAGACAUUGCUCCAGAGGUGCUCAUUUUAGUGUGUGACAGAGUUUGUGAAGAUGGUAUUACGAGACAUGAAGCACAGCAGUGGUGUUUGAGGCACGGCUUUGAGCUGGUGGAGCUCAAUCCUCAGGAGUUGCCUGACGAAGAUGAUGACUUCCCAGAAUCCACAGGAGUAAAGAGAAUUGUCCAGGCUCUCAAUGCAAAUGUGUGGUCCACUGUGGAGAUGAAGGAUGGACACAAUCAGGGCUUUGGUCUCAUGAGUAGUUUGGUGGCUGCUCGACACAACAACCCUCGUAAAUGUCAAGAGCCGCAAUCUUCCAGUCUGCCAGCAGAGGGCACUCUUGUUCAUGAAGUGGUUCACCAUACAGAGAGAACCAACUCUCAAGAUAAUACAGUUGUCGAUGCAAUGACAAAUUUAGACAUUCAGGAGCUUGCAAAUCUCACCGCGGGAGAUGCAGAUGUGGAUAACUUUGAGCGCCUCUUCACCAAAUUAAAAGAAAUGAAAGACAAAGCAUCAUCAUUACCACAUGAGCAGAGAAAGGUCCACGCAGAGAAGGUAGCAAAAGCCUUCUGGACAGCUAUCGGUGGUGAUGAUGAUGAGAUAGACGGGCUAUCAUCCGGUGAAGAAAGCUAACGGAAGUGUUACCCAGUCGACAUAUCUCCUACUUUUCAUGGCUCUCCUGCAAGAUCCGGCGCCCACCUUAAAUGGAUGCUUAAAAACCUCUAAAGCAGACAUGCUCAUGGACUACUGUAGGCAGGCCGGGGUCCUUCCAAAACACAUCCAACAUCCUGUUGGGGAGAGAAGAGAGGCAAUAAAUGGACCCUCAGACAUGGGUCAUCCAGUGCAAAUAACGGAUUUUUUUCCCCUUUGGGUGCAUUUGUCACAAUUAUCUUUUAAGUGACAUGACUUGCCUUACGUUAAGAUUAAUAGUCAAACUAUGAAUAUUCUGUUGAGUCAACAUAAAGAUGUCUUGUGUGAAUAACUUUUUGUUUUCAAUAUUAUUACUGUAUAGGCCCCAUUUUAACUUUUGUUUUUUGAUCAUGGUGUCAACAUCAGUGAUAUAACUGGUAUAUUACAAUAAAAAUUAUAUAGUGUA